GAUAUGGGUAUUGCUGUUUUGCGUUAGUGGCAUUGGAGAUUUAUGAUUUUUCUUCCUUCCUUCCCUGCGAUUGGGUCUCUGUUUAAAGAAUAUGGCUGAUGAUCGUCGCGUUAUCCUGAUCGUAGUCGGCGAACAUAACUCAGAUAUGCGCUACUGUGAUCGACAGGGCGAUCUCCAUGUUACCCGAAACGGCAUCGUCGCUGUAUCCUUCUGAAUCGGCACCUUCGAUCGGCGUGCCGCCUCCUAAAGGUUCACGAACUGCAGCGAUGGUUGGGCUCGUGGUUGGUAUUGUGUUCGCGGUGUUUGGCCUUUUCGGCGUGGGUUGGUUCCUGCUACGGAGGAGGCAGGUGUAUGGUGAGAGGGAGAGGUCGAGGUCGAGGACCGGGUCCGAGUCGAAGUUUCGAAGAUGGUUUGUGGAUACGACUAUUGUGCAGACGAACACAAAUGUACGUGCAGGAGGGAGUCGAUGAGCGGUCUGUGUUCAUUCACAUCGAAUGCGCGCGAGGACGUAUCUAGCUGUAGAAUAUCUUCUCGCCAUAAACAAUAGUUUACUCGGAGUUGGCGCGGAAAUGAUCAUCGUUCGGAUUUGUUAGUCGCAUUGUUAGUUGCUGAGGGACAUUGUCAGAUAAUUGCGAAUUGAUUCUGUACUC